AUGCGCUGGUCGCACUGGGCAGGCCUGCUGCUCGGCGUUCAGCAAGCAUGUGCGCAGAUUCCACAUCGAGAUUACAACGCCAACGACUACUUCGCCCUACAUCUAGAAGACAGUCUAUCGCCAUCACAAGUCGCCCAUAGGCUAGGUGUGAAAUACGAAGGUCCUAUUGGCGAACUACCCGACCACUACACCUUCUCAACUCCGAAGGGGUCGAGUGAGGAUGUGGACAUAACAUUGACAGAGCUACGGCGUCGGAGGCGGAAAAGAUCAGAGGCAAACAUUGCAGUUGACGACAUCUUACGAAAGCGUACUGAAGGGCUCGAAGGAGUUCGAUGGUCGCAGAAACAAGAGCAGCGCAAGCGACUUGUGAAGAGACCUCCACCUCCCGUGGUGCAGGAAAGACAGGAGUCCGCAGAUGGCCAGGGCAAAGACCAGAGCCUCGAGCAGCAAGAAGCCAUACAACACUUGGACCAGGUGGCAAACGAGCUGCAAAUCCUAGAUCCUAUCUUUAAAGAGCAGUGGCAUCUUUUCAACCCUCUCCAGCUGGGUCACGAUUUGAACGUGACUGGCAUCUGGAAGGAGGGCAUUACCGGGCAAGGUGUCAUCUCCGCCAUCAUUGAUGACGGUCUUGAUAUGUACAGCGAUGAUCUGAAGGACAAUUACUACGCCGCCGGCUCCUACGAUUUCAACGAUCCAGGCCCCGAGCCGAAACCCCGACUAUUCGAUGACAAGCACGGCACAAGGUGCGCUGGUGAGAUUGCCGCAGUCAGAAACAACGUUUGUGGUGUAGGAAUGGCUUAUGACAGCAAAGUGGCUGGUAUUCGCAUUCUGUCCAAGCCUAUUAGUGACGAAGACGAAGCCCUUGCCAUCAAUUAUCAUUAUCAGGAGAACCACAUCUAUUCUUGCUCUUGGGGACCGCCGGAUGACGGCAAGACGAUGGAAGGUCCAGGAAUCCUUAUUCAGAAAGCCAUGGUCCAGGGAAUCCAGAAGGGUCGCGAUGGUCUUGGCUCUGUAUUCGUCUUCGCCGCCGGCAAUGGCGCGAACAACGACGACAACUGCAAUUUUGAUGGCUACACAAACAGCAUCUACAGUAUUACGGUCGGAGCCAUCGAUCGAGCCGGCGACCAUCCGUACUAUUCCGAAUCUUGCUCGGCUCAACUGGUCGUCACCUACAGCUCCGGACAUAAUGAUGCCAUUCACACCACUGAUGUCGGAAAGGACAAGUGUAACACUGGCCAUGGAGGCACAUCAGCAGCAGGACCUUUGGUAGUCGGCACAGUUGCUCUUGCGUUGAGUGUUCGACCGGAUCUGACCUGGCGCGACUUGCAGUGGCUCUGUGUCCUGACUGCUAUUCCAAUCCACGAGGCGGAUGGCGAGUGGCAAGAUACAGCCAUCGGUAAGAAAUUUAGCCAUAUGUAUGGGUACGGCAAGGUUGAUGCAUAUCAAUUUGUGCAAGCGGCCAAAGAUUUCCAGAGCGUAAAACCACAAGCUUGGUGGCAUUCGCCGUGGAUCGGCGUACAGCAUGCAAUCCCGGAGGGCGAUGUUGGCCUUGCUGCGUCCUUCGAUGUGACUCAGGACAUGCUGACGAAAGCCAACCUCGAACGGUUGGAGCAUGUGACGGUGACCAUGAAUGUCAAACACACCAGGAGGGGCGAUCUUAGCGUAGAGCUGCGCAGCCCAGAGGGUAUCGUUAGCCAUCUUGCCACUGCCCGCCGUAAUGACGCUGCACAAGAAGGCUACGUCGAUUGGACCUUCAUGUCUGUCGUGCAUUGGGGCGAGAAAGGCGUGGGUACGUGGACCAUUAUCGCCAAAGACACGAAUCUGAAUGAGCAUAAUGGCACAUUCAUCGACUGGCGACUCAAUCUUUGGGGUGAAGCCAUCGAUGCAUCGAUCCAAGAGCUUCAUCCUAUGCCCGACGAGCACGAUGAUGACCACGAAACUGCACCAGCAGAUAUCAGUACCACCAGCAUCUCCGCUGAUCCCGGCUCGCAUUCGACACCACCCCCGGGCAACCCUACCGAUCACAUCGACCGUCCCAGCAAACCCAAGCCUAGCGAUGGACCUUCCGCCUCUCCCACAUCCACCUCCCCAUCCGAGGCUGAUACAACCGCCUCUUCCUCCCCCUCACCCACACACACUUCAUCAUCUUCUUUCCUGCCCUCCUUCUUCCCCACGUUCGGUGUCUCCAAGAAGACACAAAUCUGGAUCUACGGCUCUCUCGGCCUGAUAAUCGUCUUCUGUGCUGGCCUCGGCGCCUACUUCCUUGUCCAGCGACGCAAGCGCCUCAACAGCACGCGCGAUGGCUACGAGUUUGAGAUGGUCAACACCGAGGACGACGAAGAUGCCAGGCGCGGACUCAAACGGCCCAGGCGUGGCGGCGAUCUGUACAACGCAUUUGCAGCAGACAGUGAUGAGGACUUGUACUCGGCCGAUGAGGAGGAGAGCGGUGAUGAGAGGUAUGAAGAUACGCCGAGUGGGAGCAGCGGUGGGAGCGGAACCGGCGGUAGUGGGGGCGCGGGCGCGGGGAGAGGGGUCAAUGAGAAGGGCAAUGGGACGUAG